CAAAAAGCCCUGCACAGAGAAGUCAUGCUGGAGAACUGCAGAAAUGUGGCCUUUCUGGGAAAUAAUGUGCAAGAGAACAAGGAAGCCUUCCAAAUGUUCAGGCAUGAAGAGGGAAGAGAGGACUUUGCAAAUGAAAUGGAAGCAAAAGGGCAUGAGGGAAAUCUGUCCAAAAAUGGGAGUACAAGGAGCUCAACUUUGCCAUCAGCUGAAAUUGAAGACUUUCUUCCCCAACAAGAUCAGAAAGAAAAAAUAAAAGUGGAAACUGCAGAAACAUUUGAAGAGGAUUUAUACAAACAUUACACAAUUCACACUAAAGAAGAAGAUCUAUGCCAAGAGUAUGAAAAACAUUACAAUUGGACUUCUAGCCUUUCUUUAUGUGGAGAAACCAAAAUGGGAAAUAAACCAUAUAAAUGUACAGAGAAUGGAAAGCAUUUAAGUGAGAGCAGUUCCUUUGCUCCCAGUGAAGGGAUCCACCCAGCUGAGAAACCGUAUAAAUGCAUGGAAUGUGGAAAGAGUUUUAGCCAGCGUGGCAAUCUUAAUUCCCAUAAAAAAAUCCACACAGAGGAGAAGCCAUAUAAAUGUGAAGAGUGUGGAAAGAGCUUUACUCAGAAGGUUAAUCUUAAUUCCCAUAAAAUGAUUCACACGGGGGAGAAACCAUAUAAAUGUGAUGAGUGUGGAAAGAGCUUUACCCAAAACAUUCAACUGACUUCCCAUCAAAGGAUCCACACGGGGGAAAAGCCAUAUAAAUGCAUGGAAUGUGGAAAGAGCUUCAGGUGGAGCACUCAGCUUACUUCCCAUCAAAGGGUCCACACAGGAGAGAGACCAUAUAAAUGCAUGGAGUGUGGGAAGACCUUCAGUGAAAGCAGUUCCCUUACUUUCCAUAAAAGGAUCCACACAGGGGAAAAACCAUAUAAAUGCACAGAGUGUGGAAAGAGCUUCAGCAUGAGCAGUUCCCUUACUUACCAUAAAAGGAUCCACACAGGGGAGAAGCCAUAUAAAUGUACGGAGUGUGGAAAGAGCUUUACGCAGAACAUUCAGCUUACUUCCCAUAAAAUGAUUCAUACAGGGGAGAAGCCAUACAAAUGCACUGAAUGUGGAAAAAGCUUCAAUACAACCAGCAACCUUGCUUGCCAUAAAAGGAUCCACACAGGGGAGAAACCAUAUAAAUGUAUGGAGUGUGGAAAGAGCUUUACUCAAAAUAUUCAACUCACUUCCCAUAAAAGGAUCCAUACAGGGGAGAAACCCUAUGAAUGUAAAGAGUGUGGAAAGAGCUUUACUCAAAAGAUUCAACUUACUUCCCAUAAAAGGAUCCACACAGGGGAAAAACCAUAUAAAUGCAGGAAAUGUGGAAAGAGCUUCCGUAAUAAUGGGUCCCUUACUCUUCACGAAAGGAUCCACACUGGGGAGAAACCAUAUACGUGCAUGGAAUGUGGAAAGAGCUUCAGUCGGGGCAGUCAUUUUGCUUCCCAUAAAACAAUCCACACAGGGGAAAAGCCACAAAUGCCUGGAGUGUGGAAAAAGCUUCCGAGAAAACACUUCUCUUACUAUUCAUAAAAGGAUCCACACUGGGGAAAAGCCAUAUAAAUGCUUAGAAUGUGGAAAAAGGUUCCGUGAAAAUGGGUCCUUUACUUCCCAUAAAAGGAUCCACACGGGG